AUCUCGGAGCCCUAGUUCCUCUCUCAAAAACCUUCAAACAAAAAUUCUCUCUUUGCUUCAUUUCUCUGCGUCGUCGUCCUCCUCCUCAUCUUCUUCGAUUUCAGAUUUUCCUUGUUGGGCAUUGAAUUAGUAUGGAAGGUAGUCAACCAGUGGCUACAGAAUCUGUGACUGCUACAAUCCCUGCCAAGGAAAUUGUAAGGGCUACUGUCCCUGAAUCAGGUGGUGAAGAAGCCACCCAUGCAUGCUCUGCGGGUGUGGCUUAUGCUUCGGCUGAUGGUUCUAAGCUUGCCGAUGGGAAUGUGCAGAAUCAGGAUGUAAAUUUAGGCACUCAGGAUGCUGCACAUUCUGUUACUUAUGGAUCUAAACCUGAGGUUGAGGGUGUUGCAGCUGGUGCGAAUGUUGCAAACUAUGAAAAUUCAACAGGCAUGCAUGCUCAUCAAGUUGGGUAUGACUUAGUGAAUGGUAAUACUUGCGAUAUGGGUAAUUAUCAGUCCUCAGGAGGCACUGAGAAUGGAGUUCCAUCUACUGAAGUGGGUGAACCUGCUGCUGAGAAGCAUUCUGAAAAUGUGAACUCACCUGAAGAGGAUAGAUUAUGGAGCUUGGUAGGGGCUAACUCUUUAGAUUUUAAUGCUUGGACAGCCCUCAUCGAAGAGACAGAGAAAGUCUCGGAGAACAACAUUCUAAAGAUUCGGAAAGUUUAUGAUGCAUUCUUGGCCGAAUUUCCAUUAUGUUUUGGUUACUGGAAGAAGUAUGCAGAUCAUGAAGGUCGUUUGGACAGUGUCGACAAGGUCGUGGAAGUGUAUGAACGAGCAGUCCAUGCAGUGACCUAUUCUGUGGACAUUUGGUUGCAUUACUGUGUGUUUGCAAUAUCAACAUAUGAAGAUCCAGAUACCAUUAGAAGGCUAUUUGAAAGGGGAUUGGCGUUUGUUGGAUCAGAUUACUUAUCAUAUCCUUUGUGGGAUGAGUAUAUCAGAUACGAAGAGGCACACCAAGCAUGGGUUCAUCUUGCAAUGAUCUACACUCGGAUACUUGAGAAUCCUAUUCAACAGCUAGACCGAUAUUUCAACUGCUUGAAGGAGUUGGCUACUAGCCGACCUUUAUCUGAAAUAAGAUCUGAUGAGGAAGCUAAUUAUAUGGCUGCUACUAUGAACAUUGACGCCCCAUGCGUCGAGGGAGAACUUCGUCCUGAUGAUGUCGAACAAUCUCCUAAGCCUGCAAUUGCAGGCUUAACAGAAGCAGAGCAGUUGGAAAAGUAUAUUGCAAUCAGGGAAGAUUUAUAUAAGAAAGCUAAAGAGUUCGAAUCUAAGAUCAUUGGUUUUGAAACAGCUAUUAGAAGGCCUUAUUUCCAUGUCAGGCCUCUUGAUGAACCAGAGCUUGAGAAUUGGCACAACUAUCUGGAUUUUAUUGAAAAAGAAGAGGACAUAAAUAAGGUAGUCAAGUUAUACGAAAGAUGUCUAAUUGCUUGUGCGAAUUACCCCGAGUUUUGGUUCCGCUAUGUGUUGUACAUGGACGCGUCUGGAAGCAUGGAACUUGCAUAUAAUGCUCUAGCUCGGGCUACCCAUGUUUUUGUGAAGAAACAACCAGAGAUUCACCUUUUUGCUGCUAAAUUCAAAGAACUGUGUGGAGAUAUCGAGGGAGCUCGUGCAGAGUUUGAGUUUCUUUAUUCUGAAAUAUCACCAUGUUUGCUGGAAGCCAUUAUAAAGCAUGCAAACAUGGAAUAUCGACAGGAAAACAAAGAAGCUGCUUACUCUGUAUAUGAGAAGAUCAUUGCUGCUGAAAAGGAAAAAGAGCAUUCCAAAAUAUUGCCAAUGCUCCUAGUUCAGUAUUCACGCUUUCUCUAUUUGGUUGCUGGUAAUCUGGAGAAGGCAAGGGAAGUUCUAUUUGGAUCUCUUGAUAAAGUGCAGCUUUCGAAGCCUCUACUUGAGGCUGUCAUCCAUCUGGAAACAAUUCAGCCCCAGACAAAGCGUAUUGAUUAUUUGGAUUCAUUGGUGGAGAAGUUCAUUUCACCUAAUUCUGAUAGUUUUGAUGUUGCAAGCACUGCAGACAGAGAAGAAAUAUCUUGCAUUUUCAUGGAGUUUUUGGAUCUAUUUGGUGAUCCUCAAUCGAUAAAAGCUGCUGACAGUCGACAUGCUAAGCUCUUCUUACGCCAGAAAAGCAGUUUGGUGUCCAAAAAAAGACGAGCAGAAGAUUUUCUUGCUGCAGACAGCGCAAAGGUCUCAAGGACUACUACUGAUGCAGCUUCAUCUGGCCAGUCCGUUGUGGGGGCAUAUCCAAAUGCACAGAGUCAAUGGACGGCCAGUUAUUCACAAAGAGCUCCUUGGCCUCAGAACCCCCAAGCACAGGGACAACAGUGGAAUCCUGGCUACGCUCCCCAGGCUGCGUAUACUGCAUAUGGGUAUGCCCCACCGCAAGCACCCAUGCCCUCUUCUGCUCCACAGACUGCUGCUGCAUAUGGUUCUUACCCUCCAUCCUAUGCUGCCCAGGCUUAUCCACAACAAAAUUAUGCGCAGCCAGCAGCUGCAGCUACUACAUAUCCCCAGCAACAGGGCACUGCAGCAGCAGCAUAUUAUGGCAGCUACUAUUGAGGCAGGCAGCUAAUUCAUCUCAAUUUUGGCUAUUGGUUCUAGCAGGUUCUGGAAAUGGUUUCACUCGUUUCCAUGAUCGCAUCCAAAUAUUGUACUGCUUGCUGCUUCUAUUGGUGCUCUACCAUUUCACAUGCUAUGCAUAGCAAGAAGUCGACCAAAUCUUGUUACCGUUUCCCAUGCUAUACAUAGCGAGGAGUCGAUCAAAUCUUGUGUUUUAUUUAUUACCGCUUCCUUCUUUCUGGUGGAUGUAACAGAUUUUGAGCGUUAUGUAAUGAUAUGAGUUUGAGAUGUCUAUUUUUUUUCAUUUUCUUAAGAGAUGAACGAAUUUAUUAGUAGGCCAAUUGUGGACUUUGUUCUUGUUUCUUGUUUAUAUGAACGAGUACUUUUGUAAGGUUACGGGAUGAAUCUAGUAAUUAGCUAGUCUCAGCUAAUGUAGAAUUUCAAUGGGCGAGGAUAUGUAUGUUAACUAAAUAAUUUUCAAGCCUUCACUGGUC